ACGUUUGCAACAUGUUGAGAAAUAUUUUGCUAUUAUGAGUGAGUAGCAAAAUGUGUUGGUGUUGCUUUUCAAAGAUUCAAUUUGGAAUGGAAAACGACUGAAACAAAAUAUUGCGGUUAAUGUCUUCAAAUGGCGCUAGGUGGUGUCGCAGUUUUGCGAAACGUUUAGUGAUGGCGCUAGCUACCACCCCGUUUCACGCACAGGGCGCGAAUUUUGAAGCGGUUGGUUCAGUCGUUCAGUUGAAGCCAUGGCGCUUAACCUACAAGCACCGGCGAAGGGGCCGCGCGUGUCGGAGGCUCAGAAGGAGACGGUGGUCGCCUUCAUGGAAGCGCAUCCCCAGCUGGCUAUAAGAUCCAGCGAGCUGGGGCCGCGCUUCACUGCUGGCGACCGCCGACGGCUGUGGCAGCAGCUAGCCGACCAGCUCAACACUCAAGGCCCCGUCGUGAAAACCACCGAGCAGGGGCAAGAGUGGUGGCGGAAGCAGGUGUUCGAGGCCCGCCGCAACGCUGCCGCACUUGCCCAAGAACAAAGAAGCACAGGAGGGGGGCGGCUACAUGGCUUUCAUGGCCGAGUCCUGGAGCUCACCGGGACGGUCCGCCUCCACGGUGUGACCGACCUCCCCUACCAAGAGCAGGCUGACGUCCCCACCUGCGCGAUGGAAGUCGUCGUCCAAGACGAGGCUGCGGGCGUGAGCACAGCGACACGUAAGCAUCAGAGGAAUGAGUGUUUUAAUUAUCGCCAAUUGUGUGUGCAGUUCGUAAACAUUAAUGUGUUUACUCUACAGCGGCAGAGGAUCCACCGCGCGGCGCGGCGCCUGCCGAAAGGGUGGCUGCUGCACCUGGUGCUGCGCAGAAUCGAGGCGUCCACAACCCGCCUCGCUGUCGCGGCAGAGCGGACGGCAGCAGCCCAGGAGGGGAUCCUGGAGCAGGUGCGCGCCAUAGCGCAGGACAUCACUGAGCACCUGCAGCAAGCGAGACAUUAA